AUGGGAGGCGGAGGAACACCCAUCGGUCGAUUCACCCCUGGCAUUACUGAUAAGGAGGGAACCGAAUACCAAUCGGGUCUGAAUAGAAGCAUUGUUGACGUCGCUUCUACCAGCUGUGGUCAAGACGGUCAAGAUGAGUUGCCGAACGAAUACGUGGCAACAACCGAGAGCCAUCUUGAGAGAGGUGACUACCUUGGUGAUGGCCCAUUUUCCUUUCGUGAGCAGCUGACAUCCAGGAGGAGUUUGACUAUGCUCUCUGGGUUGUCUGAAGUGGACUAUCAAAUUCUCGAGCUUCAAAAAGCAUUCGACUUGCCUCAAAGAUCGGUACGCGCCAGUCUGAUUGACGGCUUCUUCACAUUCUGCUCGCAAUGGACGCCGAUCGUCGAUCGCUCGUGGCUCGACGAAGGCAGAGUAGACAACCUGUCGUUGUUAUUGCUAAAUGCAGUUUUCCUUGCAGGGAGCCGCGUGUCCUCAACUCGGCUGCGGGCCAUUCCAUCCGAGGAGUUCUAUCGUAGGGCCAGAUUGUUAUUUAUUUUAGGACAUGAAAAGGACGUAUUGACGUCCAUCGUUGCUCUGUGUCUUUUAAAUUGGUGGAACCCAACCGGUCCAGAGCAAAUUUCGACAAGCACGAGCGGAUUCUGGGUCCGAGCAGCGACAUCCCUGGCGCACCAGAUAGGACUACAUAAGGAACCCCAAGAAGGACCGCAGAAAAUGCUUCGGAGAAGGCUUUGGUGGACGCUCGUGUGUCGAGAUAACAUCAUUUCUGUGGGUGUUGGAAGACCACGGGCCCUCAACCUGAAAGACAGUGAUGUCGCUCCGCUAACUGUCCAAGACUUUCCACUUCAUGACGCCCAUGCUCAUUUGUUCGUGGCGUUUUGCAGCAUUACACGGUUACUGGGAGACGUCACUGAAUGCAUUCGUCGGAAGACGUUGUCCUCCACACGGCUAAAGGACUUUGAGAACGCUGUUUAUCGAUGGAUCAAAGAGCUGCCCGACGGCUUUCGUCUGUUUUUAAAAUCUCCGAGGAAACUCGGCCCCUACAACUUCGAAGCUCGACAGCUGCUUGUGCCCUAUUUCGUCCUUCUCAUCAUAAUGUCCAAGCAUUCCCCCACCAAAGACUCCGCGCCAAGUGUUCCCUUAGUUGCAUCAUCUUUCGUGGCCGGGAUUUAUGAGGAUUUCCUCAACCGAGAUGAGAUUCGCUACCUCGGUCCAGCUUUUACCUUUUAUGCUCUUGCCGCAGGACUAGCACACCUGUCUGGAUAUCGGUACCGUUCUUUGAAAUUGGAGACUGAGGAAUCUCUUGACAUUAUCCUCAACUCGCUGACAGAACUUAAGCAAAGAUGGGGCUCCGCUGAGAGCAUUUCAAAAGCAUUAGCGGAGGUCAAAAAUCUGACUUUGCAAAGUUCCAGUUUGGGUUACACUCCAGGCAGUAUCCCACAAGGCUUUGUGGCCUUCUUUGACGAUUUUGGGCCAGAGAUUUGUAGGAUGUGGAAUCUGGUUGGUCAAGAGGUGGGUUUGUCAAAUCAAACAGGAUCACUGCAUAAUGAUUGGGACCUGCUGUCACCGCAAACGCGCUCGAACCAUUUAGCACCGAGAAAUUCUCAUGCAAUAACAGAAUCCCGUCCCGACGGAGUUUUACCUACCACCCUCAGCAGACCAGACACGGUAGAGCCCUUGGGAAACCAGACCACUAAUAUUGAAUCGAUAAAUGAAAUUUUCAAUGAGCAGAACGGUUAUUUUCGAAGCGAGAUGGAGCCUUUUCGAGAUUGGAUUUUAGAAGAGCUAGGAGCAGGGACCGAAAUCUACUGA